AUGUCAUCAACCUUGUCGUCGUCACAGGCGGCCGUAGCUGAGCUAGAGAAGGGCCUCGGGGAAAUGCAAAACCUGAAACCGCCUGGCGUCUCUGGUUCAAAGAUCAGUAGCCUCACCCAGCUGUGCCUGAACAACGUCCAGCACGAAUCACAGCUGGUCCAGAAGUUGUAUACUCAUUACAAGAAAACACCAAACACUCACAAGCUGGGCGUCCUGUACGUCGUAGAUUCAGUAGCCCGCAAGUGGCUGGAUCAGGCAAAGGCCCGCGGACAGCCCGUCACCCUCGGUGCCCCGGAUGGCACCUAUGCUGCCGGUGUCCAUAGAGUGACCGAACUUAUGCCCAUGUUCAUGAACGCCAUCAUCUCAUCGGCCCCCGAGGAUCAAAAGGAGAAGAUUAAGAAGCUUGUCGAUAUUUGGGAUAAGGGCCAAACAUUCCCUCCCGAUAUGGUCAACACCUUCAAGCAGAAGUUGAAUGCCCAUCAACAACAACAAAAUGUCUCGACAACACCACCUGGUAGUCCUCCUCCUAACCCGCUGGGUUUCUUACAGGCACAGGCCGCUAGCAGACCUGCCCCUACGCCGACAACUUCUACCACAAUGCCGCCCAAUAUCCUGGAGACCCUAGCAAAUCUCGCCCGCUUGAAUGCGAAUGCGGCUCAAAGCAAUCCCAGCGCGGCCACCCCUGCUCCCGCCCCGGCCGUAACUGCGGCUGUAGCCCCCUCUCCGGUACAUAUGGGAGUCCCUCAGAUUCCUCCCAUUACUUCUUCCACGCCGCAUUUGUUUCCCAGUGCUGGCCAACCCAGUAACGGAGCAUUGCCAGCCGGAUAUCUCCCCGGUGUGGGCCACUCGGGCAUGUCGUACUUGCCAGCAUCGCAGCCGGUGGUGCAGUCGAUGAACAUGCCACCGACGAUGCCAUUUGGUUUCCAAGCUCCGGCCGCACAACCAGCUCAGCCUGCCCAAGUCCCAGCAGUGACCCCUGUUGCGAAUCCCGCUGGAACUGCCCAGCUGAUCAGUGCCCUUGUUGCCCAGGGCGUGGCUUACGACAAGAUUGCAACUAUAAUACAGACGCUGGGUCAAGGGAAUGGCAGCGCCCUGACAGCACCUCCCCAGCCCGUCGCUCAACCCCCAUAUCCUGGGUAUGCGGCUCCUCCGCCUGCUGGCGGUGUAUCCGCUGCCCCUGCAUGGGAGCCCGUGAGACAUGAUGAAUCACGUGAUUGCAAUGGCUAUCGUGAUGGGAUGAGGUCUCCAAACAGGCCCCGGGGUCGCUCUCGCUCACGCUCGCCGAGGCGCUGGGAUGUCAGGGGGUCGCCUCGAUCCCGCGGUAAUGACCGUUUUGGUUAUGGACGAAGCACCCCGCCCCGUGGCCGUCCAGAUGAUCGCGGUAGAGACCGGGAUGUGCGCAUUCCUGACUACCGCCAGCGGUCGCCCCCAACUGACUACCAGACUGGAAUCAGCGUCAUUCCUAUUCACAAGCUUACCGAAGCCGACCGUAAAUGGAUGCUGACGGCGCCUUAUGGCGGAAGUGGUGGCCAACCUAUUACCACCGGUCUUGUGGUCGAGGAGCCAGAUAUCGAGAUAGGCGCAGGUGUCUCAUCAAAAGCUAUCAGUCGACGUAUGCAGACAGACAAAGGGGGUAACCAUGGCCCCAAGUCAAGCCGCCGAGAUGAUGAGCCCCAGCAUCCUAACGGCAACGCAGGAGGACCGCCUCCUGCCGGUAAUCGCUGGCGGCAUGGUCGCGAGAAGCACCGGAACAACAGUGGCGAUGACAGACGCGGUGACCGCAAUGACAAGAGCGCAGCGAACGAUGACCCGAUCGUGAUGGGCUUGCCUGGCAACAUCACCGUUGGACCGAAUGGCAUCAACUUCCCUCCCAACUAUGCCUUCUCUUCAAACAGUACAGCGAAUAACUAA